GGAGGGCGACGCGCGCCGCCGAGUCGCGGAGCAGCGAGGCGCCGCGGCCUGAGAGGGAAAUCCAUCCCAGUUUAGUUUGUGCCGGAUUGGGCACUUCAGCCAUUAUACGCCUUCAAAAAUUAUCAGCGUGCCAGGAUGAAUCGUCUAAAAGACCGGAGGGAGUGUUUGCUGUGGUCGGUGCUGUAAACAAACCCUUCGACGGCGACUGCAGGCUUCAGUGAAACCCAAUGGAAAAGCAUGACAUUUGGAGACAGAAGACUUAGUUUCAUAUCCCAGCUCCUUUACUUACUAAUUUUGUGAUUUGGAAAUAUCUGUGCAAGAUGUUGACGUUACGGACUUGGAUAAUACAAGCCUUGUUUCUUUUUCUCAUCUCUGAAUGUAUAGGUGAACUUUUAAAUCCAUGUGGUCAUAUCAGCCCUGAGUCUCCAGUUGUGCAACUUGGUUCAAAUUUCACCGCAGUGUGUGUGCUAAAGGAAAAAUGUAUGGAUUAUUAUCAUGUAAAUGCCAGUUACAUUUUCUGGAAAACAAACCACGUUACUGUUCCUAGUGAACAAUAUACCAUCAUAAACAGAACAGCAUCUAGUGUUACAUUUACAGAUAUAUCUUCAUUAACUACCCAGCUCACUUGCAACAUUCGUACAUUUGGACAGAUUGAUCAGAAUGUUUAUGGAAUCAGAAUAAUUUCAGGCUUCCCUCCAGAGAAACCUAAAAAUUUGACUUGCAUUGUGAACGAAGGAAAGAAAAUGAUGUGUCAGUGGGAUCCUGGAAAGGAAACACACCUGGAUACAAACUUCACUUUAAAAUCCGAAUGGGCAACAGAGAAGUUUGCGGAUUGUAAAACAAAGCGAAGCACCCCCACUUCAUGCACUGUUGAUUAUUCUCCUGUGUAUUUUGUCAACAUUGAAGUCUGGGUAGAAGCAGAGAAUGCCCUUGGGAAGGCUACCUCAGAUCACAUCAAUUUUGAUCCUGUAGAUAAAGUGAAACCCAAUCCACCCCAUAAUUUAUCAGUCAGCAACUCAGAAGAACUGUCUAGUAUCUUGAAAUUGACAUGGAUCAAUUCAAAUAUUAAGAAUUUUAUAAGGCUGAAAUACAACAUUCAAUAUAAGACCAAAGAUUCCUCAACUUGGAGCCAGAUUCCCUCUGAAGAUACAACAUCUACCCGAUCUUCAUUCACUGUCCAGGACCUUAAACCUUUUACAGAGUAUGUCUUUAGGAUUCGUUGUAUGCAGGAAGAUGGUAAAGGAUUCUGGAGUGACUGGAGUGAAGAAGCAAGGGGCAUCACAUAUGAAGACAGACCAUCCAGAGCACCAAGUUUCUGGUAUAAGAUCCGUCCAUCCCAUGCUCAUGGCUUUAGAUCUGUACAACUUAUAUGGAAGGCUUUGCCUCCUUUUGAAGCCAAUGGAAAAAUCUUGGAUUAUGAAGUGACUCUAACAAGAUGGAAAUCACGUUCACAAAAUUACACAGUUAAUGACACAAAACUGAUAACAAACCUCACGAAUGACCGCUAUAUAGCAACUCUGACAGCAAGAAAUCUGGUUGGCAGAUCAGAUGCAUCUAUUUUAACUAUCCCUGCCUAUGACUUUCAAGGUACUCGCCCUAUAACGGAUCUUAAAGCAUUUCCCAAAGAUAACAUGCUUUGGGUUGAAUGGACUGCUCCAAAUGAAUCUGUAAACAAAUAUAUACUUGAAUGGUGUGUAUUAUCGGAUAAAUCACCCUGUGUCCCAGACUGGCAACAAGAAGAUGGUACCAUACAUCACACUUAUUUAAGAGGGAACCUAGUAGAGAGCAAGCGUUAUUUGAUAACAGUUAUUCCAGUGUAUGCUGAUGGGCCGGGAAGCCCUGAGUCUAUAAAGGCAUACCUUAAACAAGCACCACCUUCCAAAGGACCUACUGUUCGGACAAAAAAAGUGGGGAAAAAUGAAGCUGUCUUAGAGUGGGAUCAACUUCCUGUUGAUGUUCAGAAUGGAUUUAUUAGAAAUUACACUAUAUUUUAUAGAACCAUCGUUGGAAAUGAAACUGCUGUGAAUGUGGAUUCUUCCCACACAGAAUAUACACUUUCCUCUUUGACUAGUGACACUUUGUACAUGGUACGAAUGGCAGCAUACACAGAUGAAGGUGGAAAGGAUGGUCCAGAAUUCACUUUUACUACACCCAAGUUUGCUCAAGGAGAAAUUGAAGCCAUAGUAGUGCCUGUUUGCUUAGCUUUCCUAUUGAUCACCCUGUUGGGAGUAUUGUUCUGCUUUAAUAAGCGAGACCUAAUUAAAAAACACAUAUGGCCCAAUGUUCCAGAUCCUUCAAAGAGUCAUAUUGCCCAGUGGUCUCCUCACACACCUCCAAGGCAUAAUUUUAAUUCAAAAGAUCAGAUGUAUUCAGAAGGCAAUUUCACCGAUGUAAGUGUUGUAGAAAUAGAAGCAAAUGCCAAAAAGCCUUUUCCUGAAGAUUUGAAAUCAUUGGACCCAUUCAAGAAAGAAAAAAUUAGUACUGAAGGGCACAGCAGCGGUAUUGGAGGGUCUUCGUGUAUGUCAUCCUCUAGGCCAAGCAUUUCUAGCAGUGAUGAAAAUGAAUCUGCACAAAACACUGCUAGCACUGUCCAGUAUUCCACUGUUGUACAUAGUGGCUACAGACACCAGGUUCCAUCUGUCCAGGUUUUCUCAAGAUCUGAGUCCACCCAGCCCUUGUUAGAUUCCGAGGAGCGGCCAGAAGAUCUACAAUUAGUAGAUAGUGCAGAUGGUGAAAGCAUUUUGCCCAGGCAACAGUAUUUCAAACAAAAUUGCGGUCAACAUGAAACCAGUCCAGAUAUUUCACAUUUUGAAAGAUCAAAGCAAGUUUCAUCUGUCAAUGAGGAAGAUUUUGUUAGACUUAAACAGCAGCAGAUUUCAGAUCAUAUUUCACAGUCCUGUGGAUCUGCACAGAUGAAAAUGUUUCCAGAAGUUUCUGCCGCAGAUGCUUUUGGUCCAGCUACUGAGGGACAAGUAGAGAGUUUUGAAACAGUUGGGACAGAGGCUGCAAUUGAUGAAGGAAUGCCUAAAAGUUACUUACCACAGACUGUAAGACGAGGUGGCUACAUGCCUCAAUAAAAGACUAGUUCCUGUUAGAACUUCAGCAGUACCUGGAAAAUUAAAAAAAAAAAAUCUGCAAUUUCAGAUAAAAAUCUUCAUUAACUGAAGAUGGUCAUUUGCCCUUACAGACAAAAAUGUACUGAACUCUCACUUGGGCUAUUUCCAUUCCAGGAUAUCUGGGAGUGUAAACACUACAUAAACUGACUUCAUUCUCUGAAUAGCUGAUUGAUUGACUUUGUGCUGUUUCAGAAUGUUUGCACUGAAGAAAAAGUUUGUUUUGCUAUCUGGAAAACAGAGGGUAUUUAAAUAUGCGGUGAUAAUCUUGGUGAAAACAGUCGUCAAAUAAAGCAGCUUAGGAAGAAUAUAAAAAAUUAGAGGAGCAAGGUCUAGGCCCUGUACUUCAGCCAACACCAGAGGUCCAGUGGGCAUGUAAGUCCUACUUUUUUUGUCUGACUAAAAAAUGGGCUCAUUUAUGGUCAUACCGAUAUAUAAAAUACAGUUCUCUUCCAAUGGUAAAUAAUGCUGCCAGUUACUAAAAAAAAGGAAUUCUAGAGUUUUAACUUAAAUUGAAAAUACUCAUUUUUAGAAAUAACCUCUCUGAAGAUCCAUUUCACAAACUCAACAGAGUACCCAGGUAAGAGCUGGGACUCAGUACCACAAACUAUCCUAAGCAUUGUUUAAAUUUUUUGCCACAUAGGCAAUUUCAUUAAGAUUUAUAUACAUAAACAUUUUUUUAAGAUUUCAGAGAACUUGGUUGAUGAAGCACUUUAUACAUUAUGCCUUUAGCUUAAAUGUGUUCUAAUGUGAUAAGCCUUGUUAUUUUAAGUAGGGCAAUACUCACCAAAACCAGUAUACUAUGUCCCCCAAAAUAUAAAUGUUAAAAAAAAAAAAAAAAAAAAAAAGCAAAUACUUAAUGUAGAGGCACUUAACGAAGUGAUUAUAUUUUAAUAUCUGCCAGUUGUAGGUAAAACUUAGAUCUGAACAUUAUUUGGGAAUAUUUUAAACCUCUGUCCACUAGCUCCUCUGCCCACUAGUGCUAAAUCUACUUUUGCAUUUAUGCUAUCACCUGCCAACCACAUUUGAUGUGGAGGUAAAGCUAAGAUAGGAGCUGAGUAAGAAGAUAUUGUCAUAAAUCAUUAGUGGUUGGUUGACUAUUAGUGAGUUUUUCUGUCAUUUGUUAUAGAAACCAGGCUGAAUUAAAAAGUUGCAGUUAUUGAAGACCAAAAUUCAUACUUUUAUAAUCACAUUAGACUUCCUCAUACAUUAUUUUAGUAUUCUUGCAUUUAUAUAAUGCCUUGUACCUUCCUGAGCUCCUUUAUAUAUAUGGUUUUUGUGAGGCAGAGUAGAUGCUUUAUUCUGAUAUAUCCAGUUAUUUAAGGUAGAACCAACAUGAGAUAAGAUGAAAGAAUUAAAAGUAAAUGAAGAAAAUCAGACACAGAGGUCAAGUAGAGGGAGAGAUACUCAAACUUACACUACAAGAUAAUGGCACCACCACCGCCAUUCAAGUUGGUCCAAGUCAGGACUAGAUUUUUCUUGCUGUGUGUCAAGAAAUUUAUAGCUCUCUAUUCCUUUCCUCAAAAUACAUAGAUCAUGUUUUUAUUGUAAUCUCAUUUAGCUGUAAUCUUUCUCCUAACAAAUAACAGUUUUGUGAAGAGCAUUCUAGUGCAAGGUUUGUACAGGGGGGUAGAAGGAACAGUUAUAAAAUGUGAACUUACAAUUUAAGAGGAGAAGUCUUUUUUAUUUUAUACUUAAAGAACAGUUUUAUUGGGGAAAGGGACAGGAUUUGUUAAGAGAGGCCUGCAUGGUUGCAGGCGGGCAGCCUUGAGGAGAGCGGCCUCCGCUGAGGGAGGUCAGUGAAGAGCAGUCCCAGCAGGUACAGGUCAUGGGCAGGCAAGAGGCUGCUGCCCUGCAGAGGAGAGUUGGUGGCGAAAGAAGCACCUGUAUAGGCACAGGUGGGCAGAAGGGAGUGCUCCAGAAGAGUCAUUUUUAUAAAAGACAUGUAAACAACUUUUUAGGUUGAAAUUUGUAAUAGAAAAUGGUAGAAUGAGUGAAUGUUCUCCCCCCCCCCCAAGCACUUUAGACAUUAAGUAGAUAAGGUUACUGUGUUACUCUGCAAAAUUCCAUUCACAAAGUAAAUAUGCAUUUGAUCAGUAAUACAAAUCUUUGCCCGAAAAGAGAAAAGCAAUCUUUGAAACUUAAGUACAAAAUUACUUUCCUAAGGCAUGUCUUAGAAUGUUUUGAUGCAUGGAAUGGUUUAUUUAUUUAUGUGAGAAUUAGUCCAUAUAUAAAUAGAUUGAGCCUUAUAAAGUAAUGCUAGUUCUUUUGUGGAUAAAAGCAAUCACUGCUCACAACAAAAAGUAUGUCAUCUUUAUUGUGCAAAGGGCCUCUGACAAAUAUCUGUCCUGGUAUCAAACUCUGCGGGAGGGGGGGGUGUCUAUUGCUGUAUCCUCCUCAUCAGGGUGAUCUAGCAUCAGCAUCUCCACCUCAGGGGAGGUGGGAG